UGGCCACUUUUUCACACAGAGAGGAAUUCUGUUUGGGCUACAGCGGACCUGGAAGUUGAAUUGAGGUCACUGCCACCUCAGAACACACAGCGUAGUGCGCUGAGUGCAGGAACAGCAGCACACAUACGUGUCGCUGUGGAGUUUCCUCCCUGCAUCAGGAUGCUGCUAUUAAUACAGUGGAUCCCACUGGAAAAAAAAAGAAGAAGUGAGGAUGGGAAAGCAUUUAGUGAGCGGAUGGUUUCACUGAUUUCCAAAUAAAGCUGCCCAGGAGGGAAGCCAGAAAACUCUCCUGUUUGUUUUAUGCAGCUAAUUUGAUUUUUACUGCUUCUUUUAGCACAUUUUCUGCUGUGAAAGCCGCACGCUCCUUCAUGGUGGCAGUGUACACUCAUUAGGGAUCAUUUCUGUCUUUUCAAGUUGAAUUCAAACCAGAUUUUGAAGAAGAUGGAGUGAGGAAGAGCUGUGCGGUAAAGCAAGAGGAGGAGGAGGAAGAGGAGGAGGAGGGGAAGGAGGUCCAGAUGGGAAGGAGCAGGCUCCGCUGCAGAGAGGAGGAGGAGGACCACGAGAGAGGAAGGGAAGCCUGGCGUGUGCGAUGAGAAACGCAGAGUAGUGGGAUUUCCUUUUUUUUUUUUUUUUUUUUACGCCGGUGCUGUCAUGUAUUUUGGUAACGUGUGUCACAGCUCCCUGCCAGUGCCGGCUCGUCCCGUGCCGGGCAGGACCCAGCCGUCCCCAGAGCUGAAAGCCCUCUUCCCCUUCCACCUGCUGCCUGGUUUCCAUGACAUGGAUCGCAUCAACAAAUCCUUGAGUAGCUCCGGCCUCAGGCUAAGUUCACCCCUGAGGAGGAAGGUCAGCUCCUGCAGCGCCUGUCGACUGAGAUUCAACUCUGUGGCUCAAGCGACUGCCCAUUAUAGCGGCACCAGGCAUGCAAAGAGGAUGAAAGCUCUGGAUGCCCCAGAUUCUAAGAUCAGGACCUCUGAACCAGUCGCCACGGAAACCGCAUCGCAACACAGCUCUGAGGCCACAUCAGAAGCUCCAAACCCUUCUUCACAGUCAUUGACCUGCAGUCCUUCCGAAACCUUAAAAGAGCCCCCUGACCAAUCCCUGCCCCUCAGCCCGAGCGCCACUGAAAAUGAAGCGCACAAAGACGCGGAGGCAGAAGCUCCAGACGGGGAGACAGAAGAAGAGAAAGCGUUACGGCUUCUCUACUGCUCGCUCUGCAAGGUGGCCGUCAACUCGGCCUCCCAGCUCCAGGCCCACAACAGCGGUACCAAGCACAAGACGAUGCUGGAAGCCAGAAAUGGCGACGGAGCCAUCAAGUCUUUCCCGAGGAGCGGCAUCAAAGCCAAGACGUCUGCUCCGCCUGAGUCAUCAACCGGCCUGCAGAACAAAACGUUCCACUGUGAGAUCUGUGAUGUGCAUGUCAACUCAGAGACCCAGCUCAAACAGCACAUCAGCAGCAGGCGGCACAAGGACCGAGCAGCGGGCAAACCAGCCAAGCCCAAGUUCAGCCCCUACAGUUCCACCCAGCGUCACCAGAGUCUUCAGGCGAUAAGGCUGGCUCUUCAAAAACACCGAGACAUGACCAAACCCCUGGCGCCUUGUCUUCUGCAGAGACAAAUCUCCGUUGCUGCUGCAAUGGCGUCGUUGCCCGCCUUUCCCCUGCAGCCUGCCACAAACUCCAGCCCCGCUCUGUUUCCCAGCCAGACCCUUCCCCAGGCUUUACUUCACCCGGCCUCCAGACCCAUUUGUUCAGCGCACACUUCAGUCCUGUUCUCCCCCUUCUGACUCCAACAGUGAUGAACUUCAGUGAGACCCACAAAUGUGAUCGAAAACAGCACACGGCAAGGAUGUUUGAGAGAAUAAACUAAAAUAUAACAACAACUAAUUAGUAUUUUCCAAUGAGAGUGAGUGCACACACAGAUGGAACUGUCACACAUUCUCAGUAUUCUCUGAUUUGAUGUCGACUGAGCAGAAAUGCAGAAUGGCGCUCUGCAGUGAUGACUAUACCUGUGUGAGUGUUUUUCCAGACUUGUAUGCACAGCGACUGAAAAGUGUUUGGACGCCUGCUUGUAUGCAGUUUUACCUUCAGUACUGAAAACAACCCCUCCCCCUUCUUUGGAAGCAAAUUUAAAAUACAUUUUAAAAACUUGUUGAGGCUCAUCUGCUACUUGCACUUUAGUGUGUUUCACCGCUUUUAAACAUUUUUGACCUGAAAAAAGUCCUUUUUGAGGGAUAUGCGUACAAGCAGGAAGUGCUGUUAGCUAAGUUUGCUAGCUUAUUUUAUCUUUUAUUUUCCCCUUUUCUGGACCCAAAAUGAAAAGACAAAACAUUUUUCUUCUUCUUUUUUUUAUUAGAAAAGUAUGUUGCUGACUAUUGUUGGGUCAUUGUUAUAGGGCAGAGCCAUUUUUAACUAUUCUGCUAAGCAAACUGAACUGCUAGCAUGUUAGCUAAUCAUGUGUAUAUUCUGUUCUUCAUGCCUAAAAAGAUAUAAAAUUAAGUUUUUAUUAAAAAAAAAAAAA